AUCAAACAAGAUGGCGGACUCUAUUGCGCGCAAACACUUAAAAGAAACCUGAUUAGACCAUGAUAUUAGAUCUAAUUAACUAUAUUUUUAAAUAUAUUUGAAAAUGCAAAUGAUACGCGUGUUUGUUUGUCUCUUGUGUAUUUUAAUUUGAUUGGGGGUUUGCCCGAUUAAUAAUUUGCCAUAUAUUUCCGCGAUUGUCAUUUAUUUUAGCGAUCGCGUUAUGAUACUGUUCUUUAAUUGAACGAUCUAUACACUGUUAUUGCUAGAAACUAAUGCUUCAUUAAAAGGUUAUGAUGAACGGUUUAGAUGCACAUAGCAUUAUGCGAUUUUGUCAGUGGUGUUAUUACGUCCAUGGCCAACCCAAGUUGAUUAUCUUUGCCUUUGGGGAUAUUAAUUUCAGUUAUUCCCAGAUUUUAUUGGAAAGGACUCAUGUUUAGAAGUGACAAACUGUGAAUGCCGAACUGGUCAAACCUGAGUGUAGAUACCUUCAGAUGGCCAGCACUUCUGCCUCAGAUCCAAAUGGAUCUGCCUCAGAUCCAAAUGGAUCUGCCUCAGAUCCAAAUAGAAAUCGGAAAGGGCACCCAUGGACGUGCACCAUUUGUGGCCAGAUAUUGUCACGUAAACAGCGACUGCAGUCCCACAUUGAAAAGAAACAUCCUGCACAAGUUCAUGAUUUUGAUUGGCAAGUAAGGGGACCAUACAAGAGGUACGAAUUGGAUGACAUCGCCCCUGUACCAAAAAGAACAAGAAUGCGACACAACCCAGAGCCCCAACAAGAACAGAUCCAGCCUGAACAGGAUGCCAGUGAGGGAACUGACGAAGACAAUAUAUUGUUAGAUUGUCAAUGUGAAUCUGGAUUGCUUGAUAUAAUGAACAAUGAAGAAAUUGACGUUCCAUCACAACGUGAUAAAUAUAUGGCUAUUUUAUCAUAUGUAAACAAGAUGAAGCUUUCUGUCACCGCCUCUGAACAUUUGGUACGUCUGCUUAAAUUACUGGCCAGUGACAAAGACUUUGAAGAUGUGUCUGCCACAAACAUAAGGAGUAUUUUUAGUGAAGUACAGCCAUUGACGAUAGACUAUUGUGGAAAGUGUGGAGUACCAUAUACUACAGAAGAAGAAUACAUCUGUCAGACUGAGGGUUGUGAUGAAUUAAGGUAUAUGGGACAAAUAGACAAACAGCACCAGAAACGAAGAAAGUGUUAUUUCUCCAUUGUGCCAAUAGCCCAACAGCUCAAAGAAAUCUUAAAGCGUGAUGGAAUGCUGAAGAAAAUUGAAAAUGGAAAUGUAACACUGACCAUGAAUACAGACGGCAUACCAUUGUACAACUCGUCCUCAGUAAGUCUGUGGCCUGUCCUGUUCACCAUUAAUAACUUGCCACCAAACGAAAGGUUCCUUACACAGAAUCUAUUAAUUUGGGGGUUAUGGCAAGGAAGCGGCAAGCCCUGUUUUAAGACGUACCUGAACCCGCUUGUGGAGGAGCUCAACAUCUUGUCUACACAAGGCAUCAAGUUAAAUGAUGUCUCCAUGAAGGUCACCCUUACAUGCAUUACUAUGGACCUGCAGGCAAAAGCUCAAGUUUUGGAGAUGGUACAGCACAACGGCGAGCAUGGAUGUAUCACCUGUGAAGAGCCAGGACAGGUUUACAAGCAGGGAAAAGGACACUGUCGUGGCUAUCCAUUGAACGACACUCCAACAACUAUGAGAACUGUCGACACUGUCUUGUCCAAUGCUGAGGAGGCUUUGAACAAAAAUUCACCUGUUAAAGGCAUAAAGAGCACUUCAGUGCUCUUUGGCAUACUUUACCUAGACCUGGUAACUGCCUGUGUGCCAGACUACAUGCACGGAGUGCUGCUUGGAACUACCAAGAAACUACUUUCUUUGUGGAUGGGAAAAGCCAAUUCUAAAGAAGACUUUUACCUUGGCAAUCAUGUCAAAGAAAUAGAUAGGAGACUUCUUGCGAUGAAGCCAGUUGACGCCUUCACACGCCUGCCCCGUCGUCUGGAAGGAAAUUUGUCCCACUGGAAAGCUUCAGAGCUGCAACACUGGCUGCUAUUUUAUAGUAUCCCAUGUGUUCAUGGGCUUCUAAAACCCAGAUACCUGGACAACCUGUGCUUUCUGGUCGAAGGCAUUUACCUCCUGUUGGGUGAUUCUAUAACAGAAGAAGACCUGGAACGAGCAGAGCUUACUUUGGCGAAGUUUCAGAUCUCAUUCCAGACUCUGUAUGGCCCCCAAAACUGUGGACUCAACAUACACAACAUUGGCUGCCAUCUUGUCCAGUAUGUUCGGAAACAUGGGCCACUCUGGGCAUGGUCAUGCUUCGGUUUUGAAGACCUGAAUGGAUAUUUGAUCAAAUCCUCCCACGGAACAGGAGAUGUUAGCAAGCAGCUGCUUUCAACUCUUUUUGCAAGGAAGCAGCUAUCUGCAGAGGUUGACAACAUAAAAUCAGAGGACUUGAAAGCGUUCACAUCAGACAUGCUGUCAACAGGAAGAAGAAUAAAAUCAUUGACACAAUGCAGCAAUUGCCAUAUUGCAGGCAAGACCAACCCAGUAUCAGAUGACAUUACCACCAGACAUGUGGGGGAAUUACUGAACCUGUCGACAAAACCAAACAUUUCAUCUGCAGCAAGAGUACAACUGCCAAAUGGACAGAUCAUCACAUCAAGAUUGUACUCAAGACAGCAGAAGAGAGUGUGCUAUGCUGUGCUUACAACAACUGGAGAUUUGGCUUUCAUUAAUAAAUAUAUUCAUGAAAGUCAGACUGACAAGUGUCUAGCAGACAUUAGUAUACUUGUAGUGACGGGUUUUGUCUGUAAACAUGUGAGUCACCUUCUUUUGGUUAAGGAAACACAGGACAAGAAACUUAUCCCUGUUGAUGAAAUACUGGAACAGGUCCUUCUGAUUGAUGGAAACAAAGACCUCAUGUGUGUCAGCCGCCUACCACACUUCCAUGGGCUAUGUGGUUGAACUGUCAAAGUAAAAACAGAUGCUGGACAGAAAAUAAACUGAUAAAAUUAAAUGAAACAAACUUUCAAAUUGGUUGUACAGCGAGGACUUAUCUUAGUAUAUACAUACCAGUUUUAAUGACAUAGUUUUUGUUACCCCUACUUUUUAUUAAUGAAUGGUAAGUUAUGCCAUAUUCUGUAUAUUUGUAUAUAAUUACUGUCAGUUUCUAUAUUGAUUGAUUUCUUAAAAUAAUGAACAGUGUUUUUUUCUUUGGGAUUGGGGCCGGGCCAAUUGAAUUGGGGAAAAAUAGCGAUAUUUUCACUUAAUUGCGAAAUAAUAAUUUUGCUUUUAUGAUGCUUUCUUGUUAGAUUAAAUUUACUGAAUAACAUUAUGACUUCUCAUAAUCUAUUUACAAGUCAAAUUUUGGUUACUUUCAUCACAUUUCAUAAUUCAGAAAAUAAAAGAAUGCCUUAAAGUGACUCUGGAUGGGAUUUUUUUACUUCUAUUUGGGCAAAAUAUCUACUUUUAGCCACUGGGAAUGGUGCCCUUUUUCUGCCCCAAAAUUAACUGGAAAAAAACACUGAUUCAACUUGGUUUUUGUUGAUUGUAAAGUUGCAUGCUAUGUACACUGUAUUGAGUUAUUACUGAGAAAAACAGUUAAUCUACUUUGCAGUAUUCUAUGAAAUAAAAAUUGUGUUUAAUCAAAUUAUGAAAUAUAGUUUUUGUAGUAUUUUAUUUUCAAGAAAUAUUUAUUGAAAACUUCUAGCUUAGCACAAUUUAUUUAUAAUGUAUGUUAUCUCUUUUAAUUUGAAGUAUCUUAGCACUUACCAAAGUGCUUGCAUUUAUAUUUAACUUGUGUGUUAUAAUUUUAUGUUAUCUAUGUCUGAGCCAAUAAAUUAAAG